CACACUCACCCGGAACUUCGGGGGAGCUACGCUACUGUUAUUGCUAAACUAGCGGAAUAGAUUUCGAUGAUACAUCUUUAAUUUGCUUUGUGUUAUCUCUGCCUCAGCUCACCACAGCAGCUGCCGUCAGCUAGCUAGCUCAGCGUCGACCUCAAUUCAGCGAAGUCUAUUUUGUAAACAGUAAACUCAUCUCGUCUUUCUUUGACAUCCGGCGUAAGAGAGCCUCAGGAAUUAAGGCCGAUCUACAUCAAGGAAGACAGCUACCACAGUUUGACGGGAUUGAUCCGGUGUAUUCUAAGAUGAUGCUGAAUGAGGGGAGGUUCUCGUCCAGCAAGGGGAUCCAUGUCACCGUAUCUCGUCUGAUCACCAUCAUGAUGUGCGUCAUGGUGGUCGGUUUCUUGAUGAGUAUUGCUCUGGCUCUCAUCUACAGCUUUGAGGCGACAACAUCCACGCAUUGCAGGGUAAAAAACUACCUCCCGUCUAUCAGCGCAGCCAUCGCCGAACCCCCAUCCUCCUACGUGUGGCGGUUUGUGAUUGUAUUAUGCUCUGGACAAAGGCUCUUCUGCGUCGCAUUCCACUACGGCUUAUACGCGAGUGUGAACUCGCCCAACGUCUAUUACACGCUGCUGUGCAAGGCAUGCUUCACUUGUGAAUUGGUGGAAAACUUUGCCCUUAUAGGAUUAACAUGUGUGUCGUCCUCCGAAAACUUUCCUGUUCAUGAAAACAUGUUCAUUGUUUUCCAAGUAUGUUCAAUGAUCUUCAUGGUCCUGAUGUGUGCUGUACACAAACUAGCGAUUAGCAGCGGUAUACCACCGUCAAAAUCAGAGCAGAGCACCUUGAAUAGGCUGUACUUGCAUUGUGGAACCAACGUAUCAUCAUUCUUCAUCGCAAUCUACUUCUACUUCAGACACACCACCCAUUGUGAAACUGGAAUAUACACCUUAUUUGCCUUCUUUGAGUACAUUGUAGUGCUCACCAACAUAGCUUUCCAUUACAUCGUGACUUUCAACUUUCAAGAGAGAGAACUUGUGCUAGGUAGAAGGAUCCAUGGCAUAUAAAUCUUUACUUCAGACAACUCUCAGCGAUUGUAUCUUCCAACUCUUCUUCUUUCAUCUCUGCUCAACUCAUGAAGUCAUUAGAGGGAGACAAACAUAUAUGUAAGCUCUGUAAUCUCUGCACAACUCAUGAAGUCAUCAUAUGAUAACUGACAGUAGAGGGAGACAAACAUCUCUGUAAGCUCUGUAAUCUCUGCUCAACUCAUGCAGUCAUUAGAGGGAGACAAACAUAUAUGUAAGCUCUGUAAUCUCUGCUCAACUCAUGCAGUCAUAAUAUGAUUACUGACAGUAGAGGGAGACAGACAAACAUCUCUGUAAGCACCGAGAAUAUUUUACUGUGUAAAUCCAGUUACCGUUGCAAUUCUUUUUGAUUGUGUCUCGCUUUCAAGUGCAUUAUUAGUAAGACAAGGUUGUGUGUGAUUUUGAUUAAUUGAGGAUAUGUAAGAACAAAGAACUCACUUUGAAAACUAGUAAUGAGGUUGCAAUUAUUUUGAUUUAUCACUUUUGUUAUCAUGUUCAGUUUUAUUUCAUAGAUUUGUGCACCAUGUCUCAUUUUAUUUGAGAUAUCUCAUUUCACUUUCACAAUAUGUAUUUAACGCUGUUACAGAUAACGUAUGAUGUGUGCCUUUAAAUAUAUCCCAUCUCCUAUCUGUAACAGGUCAACGUUGUACUGUCUUAUAUACAUCCAUAGUUUA